UUUCUUUUCCUCCCUUAAUCCCUCUUUUCACUAUAAAAAGGGAUCACCCUCCACAACUUCAAAACCCACACCUUAAGUUUGAAUUCCACAAAAACCAGCCAUUAUCUAUCGAAGAAUUAGAAUUUGGCAUUUUGAAGUGUUCCAUUAAUUUUUCUUUGUUAUUUUAUUAUUUUCCAUCGGUGUUCCCCUAUUCUUACUGCCGAAAAAUGGCCGUUGACUCCGUCCUUUCUUCCCCACUUGGCCCUCCUGCAUGCGAGAAAGAUGCUAAAGCUCUUCAGUUUAUUGAAGAGAUGACUAGAAACUGCGACUCCGUUCAGGAGAAGGUUCUCGGUGAAAUCCUUAGCCGGAAUGCCAAUACCGAAUACCUUCAAAACUUCAAACUUUUCGGGGCGACCGAUCGGGAAUCUUUCAAGUCCAAAGUUCCGGUUGUCACUUAUGAAGAUAUUCAGCCUUACAUCCAACGUGUUGCUAAUGGUGAUAAGUCACCGAUUUUCUCGUCUCACCCCAUCUCCGAAUUCCUCACCAGGUAUGGUAUAUACUUAUAAUAUUUUACGCUACUCAAUUUGCAUAUUUCUUUCAUGUCAUAAAGAUUUUUAUUGUAUUUGUUCCUGAAUUGAAAUUGAAAUUGAAAAUUGUAUGUAGUUCUGGAACAUCUGCCGGUGAAAGGAAAUUGAUGCCAACAAUUCAUGAGGAACUGGACCGCAGACAAAAGCUGUAUAGUCUGCUCAUGCCCGUCAUGAACCUAUACGUCAAGGAUUUGGACAAGGGGAAGGGAUUAUACUUCCUAUUCAUCAAGGCCGAAACAAAAACCCCCAGCGGACUCGUCGCUCGUCCGGUGUUGACCAGUUACUACAAAAGCGAACAUUUCAAGAAGAGACCCUUUGACCCAUACAUGGUCUACACCAGCCCUAACGAAACCAUUCUCUGUCCUGAUUCUUUCCAAAGCAUGUACAGCCAGAUGCUGUGUGGCCUUCUCAUGCGGGAUGAAGUCCUCCGAAUGGGCGCCGUCUUCGCCUCCGGGCUUCUCAGGGCAAUCCGUUUCCUGCAGCUCAACUGGAAACAACUCUCCGACGACAUCCGAACUGGAGUCCUAAACCCUAAAAUCACUGACCCGGCUGUCAGGCAAUGCAUUUCGGAGAUCCUGAAACCCAACCCGGAACUUGCUGAUUUCAUUGUCAGGGAAUGCCAAGGAGAGAAUUGGGCCAGGAUCAUUCCGAGAAUCUGGCCGAAUACCAAGUAUCUUGACGUGAUUGUUACGGGUGCCAUGGCCCAGUAUAUCCCGACUCUUGAUUAUUACAGCGGUGGGCUCCCACUCCCAUGCACCAUGUACGCAUCCUCCGAGUGUUACUUUGGGCUUAACCUAAAACCCAUGUCCAAACCUUCCGAGGUUUCUUACACCAUCAUGCCGAACAUGGGAUACUUCGAGUUCCUCCCCCACAACCCGGCCAACCCGUGUGAGCUUUCCAAGGACAAACCACCCAAACUCGUUGACCUUGCCGACGUGGAGCUCGGCAAGGAAUACGAGCUGGUCAUCUCAACUUAUUCCGGGCUCUGCCGGUACCGUGUCGGCGACAUCCUGCUUGUCACCGGAUUCCACAACGCAGCACCUCAGUUCAAGUUCAUCAGGAGAAAGAACGUUCUGCUGAGCAUCGACUCCGACAAGACCGACGAAGCCGAGCUGCAAAGAGGGAUUGACAAUGCGUGCGCGCUGUUGCGCGAAUUCGACACGAAUUUGGUCGAAUACACCAGCUACGCUGAUACGAAGGUGAUCCCGGGUCACUACGUGAUUUACUGGGAGCUCCUGGUGAAGGAUCCGACCCGGACACCUACGGAUGAAGUGUUGAACAAAUGCUGUCUGGCUAUUGAGGAGGAGCUGAAUUCAGUGUACAGACAGUGCAGAGUGGCGGACAAUUCGAUUGGACCACUUGAGAUAAGGGUCGUGAGAAACGGGACGUUUGAGGAAUUGAUGGAUUAUGCGAUUUCCAGGGGCGCUUCCAUCAACCAGUACAAAGUGCCGAGGUGCGUGAGUUUUCCACCCAUCAUGGAGCUGCUUGAUUCGCGAGUGGUGUCCACGCACUUCAGCCCAUCUGCCCCCUUUUGGACCCCAGAACGACGAGACAUCCAGUAAUGAAUUAAAAUUCGAUGUGUAAUCAUAAUAAUAAUGUUGGAUUUGGAUACAAAAGAUGACGUUCGUUCGGGUUGAAAAGUGCCAACAACAAACCAUGCAUGCUGCUCAAUUACCAUGGACCGAAGACAAAAUUGAAGAGGUCUUUUUUUUCUUUUGUUUGAUUUGUUUUUUUAUUGGUCUGUCUUUUGACGUUGCAGCAGUGGGGGAAAAGAAAAGGGAGACUUGGGGUUUGCUUUUGGUUGAUGUUAAUUAGAUAGGUUCAAAUAAUCUGCUGCUGUUUGGCAUAUGGUGGUUAUUUUUUUUAGUUUUUAAUGUAAUUAUUAUUAUUAUGAUGAUGUAACAUGAGCCUGUUGACUACUGUAUUACCUUUGGUCUCCGUCUUCUUUGUUCAAAGUCUCUGCUGCAAAGUAUGACAACAAGCUUAACAAAGUGGUAACAAAGAAUUGGACCAACCCAUUUUCUCCAUUAAAGUGGAAUUUUCAACAGACCAAUCACCAAGCAAAGAUCCUAAUGACAAAAGGUUGAACAAACAAAAAAGAAAGUGUACAACUGUACAAAAUCUG